UUUACAAGUGUUUGUGAAAGGUGAAAGUUGAAAAUAGGAGUGACGCCACAGUUCUUUCUAAGGUUAAAAAUACUGAAUUUAUUUAAUCAGAGAAGCGAGAUGAUUGAUAAAAACGGUGGAAAGAAGGAAAUGAAAGGAAAAGACACAUAACCGGGAGACCCACAGACCGGGAAGAUGUUCUGUUUCGGGGUUAAAUCCGGGAGGUCGUCGGUGUCUUUACACAAGAUCUUUUUUGUAUCCUUGUUACACAUGAAAGCUCAUCGCGUCAGUCUCUGUCCUCUACAUUUAUGGAGACAUUGUCUCCAUAGUGGGAUCAUUCGCUCUUUGCCAGCCGGACCAGAAUCCUCUCCUCCUUCUGCAGUGACGGACCUGGCUGACAGCGCCUCCUUAGAUCAGAGCCAAGACUCCUCUUCUACUUGGUCUCCUGAGCAAGGACCCCCACCUGCUCCCACCCAUUGCUGCAUGAGCGGUUGCCAUAACUGCGUUUGGAUUGAACAUGCGGAGCAGCUCCUGGCGUAUUAUCAUGAUGGAGGAGAUAGAGCGCUCGCUGCCAUAGAGGAAAAUGUUCUUGAUGAGAAUCUCAAGGCAUAUCUUAAGAUGGAGAUCAAACUGCUGAAAAAGACGUGAUGCUUUCCAUGGACUCCCACUCAUGGACUCAUGUGGUCAGAUUUUUAUUCAGUUUAUGGGCUUUAUGUAGACUCACAAGAAAAUGUCGAAGCGUCCUUUGACGAUGAUGCAUUGUGUCUCUUUAAGUAGUGUAAAGUUUUGACUGUGGAAAGUAUCUGUUUUCUUUUCUCCAGUCAGUGUCAUAUUCCUGUAGCUUUAAUUCACAAAUGCACAUUUUUUGAAAAUCAUCUGUGUGUUGUAAUUUAGUUACGUUCUAUUUUAAUAAGUUUCUCAGAGAUUUUUUUUCAUUAAAGUUUGUUCUAUUUAUUUUAACUUAAGGGUUCCUACUUUUUUUCCCUUCUGGGCACAGAGAAAUAGUCCAAAUAGCCAAACAAACCUAUCAGUUAUGACUAAAAACAAGUAACUAUCUGGACAGUUCAAACAGUAAAAAGGCUGAAGGAAUGAGCUGCGGUUGUCUCGAAGUGUCGAUUCAAAUUCAGUUUUAGAUUUCGCGACUUAUACCACAAAACUUCCUCCAAAAAUUACUUGUGCAAGUGAACAGGUAGGGUUUGUCCACAUGAGCUAUGUGUGUCAAGAAAUAUGUCAUGAUGGUGUUUGAGAUAAUGGCUGAGAAAAUGGCACACAUUCUAACCUCAAAACAGGAAAUGUCACUGCAUUUUCAUGGUCAGUCAUAGCUUUACUUGGUAGAAGUGGUUGCGAAACACAGUGGGAGGAGUUUUCAUCUCAAAGCUGCUUCCCCACUAUUUCCUAUCUUGCCAUAUAUGCUGAUUUAACACAUUAAACAACGUAUUAAAUGCAUCUAAACAUGAGAUCCACUUAGAUAUUGUGGAAGUCCUCUCUUUGAAGUACAUGUGCUACUUUUGAUGCACAGGAAUAGUGUGUAAAUUGGGAUCAGUGGUGUGGAAUUUGCUGUCUUAUGUAACGUCUUGACACAACAGAAGCCACUGUCUUGUUUGCCAUUUUUUCAUGACUAGAAACUAUAUAUCAAUGCAUUGAGUCCCUAAGUGGUCGCCGAAUUAUUAGUUAAGAUGAGCAAAAUGUUUUCAUGACAGUGGGAAUAACAGAGUAAUUUUUGGAUUGUAUUUCUGUGGUAUUUUCACAAGUUUGAAAAUGUACCAGGAACUUGAGGCUUAUGAACAUUUAGCUGGUCAUCUUCUCAUAACUGAAGUCUCAUCUAUAGUCAUUCUCAUGUCAGCAAGCUUUAUUCAAUGGAUAAGUUAGAAUUUUGAAAGUAGCGUUUUGUGGGAAGCUUAUGACUAUUGAGUAAUGUUGCUUUAUCAGGGCAGAUCUUUGUAAAUUUUUGUCUCAGUUCUUUUGUCUCAAAUAUAUUUGACCCACAAAUAUCUCUGAAACUAACCUGUUUACCCAAAAAGUAGCUAAAUUAAAAAAUUAAUUUAUGGCAAGAUAUUGAUUGGCCAGCAGGCUUAUGAUAAGGCUGCUAGAAAAUCUGAACUUUGUCUUCAUGGAGCCAAAACCUGAAAAAUGUUGAAGCAGUGUGUGUCUCAUAUUUAUGGGAUAACUCAACAAAAAGGCUAAGAAAGUUAAAAAAUUUAUGGCCAGCAAAACUUGGUUCAGUUUUUAAAUAUGAGCAAAUAAGAAUAAGAGAACCGCCAACUUUUAAAACUAUAGCAUUGUUCAUAAAACAUACAAAUUAAUUAAAACGUGAUGUCCUGCCUUAUAAUUUUAGUAGUGCAUCCAUACAGCUCUUCUGAUAGGUCACAAAACAUUCAAACCUAUCAGUGACCGCUAGAGGGAGUAAUAAAACCCAGUGUGAAAGUUUUCCUGACUACUGAAAUAUUUUCUGGAUUUUUGUGAAUAAUUUUACUAUUAUACAGAUUUUUUUUCCCCAUAAAGUCUGUUUCUCUGCUGUUUGUUGUAAAAUACAGCUUCUAGCACAUUUAACUAAUAAAACCGAAAAACCUU